CCUGAAGCGCCUGUUUUUUUCUAAAUUGGUCCCACUUGUAGUGGUAUACACGUACAUGUCAAAAAGUAUUCAAAUUUACACUUAACCACUUAGAAGCAAAUUGCAUACAUUUUCGUUCCUCAGGUGAGAGAACUUAUUAAGAAUUUAGUACUUGAUAUUUUAAAGCUAGAUUUCGAAAGAAUACCGUAGAGACUGAAACCAAGGCCGGUUUCUUAACAAAGUUACAAAUUUUGGAAAUGUCUGAUUUUGAGAUUGAUCUCAGUGGUAUUCGCGAUAAGUUAAAAGAAAAUAAUCCUUCUGAAGCCAUCGUACUUGCUCAAGUGGCUAUAGGAAAAGCUUCUGAUAAUGAUGGUCGUGCUCAUGAAAUGCUUGGUGAAGCUUUCGCUGAGCUUGGAGAAAUAAAGAAAGCCAAAAACGCUUUUCGGGAAUCAAUAAGGAGAAGCGACAAUUUAGAAGAGGAUAAUGGAUAUGAGAAGUAUCUCUGGAUGGCCCAAAUCAUUGAAGAUAGUGAGAAAUCAUUAAUGCUUUACGAUCGUGGUUUGAACAUUCUCUCCCGGCUAUACCAGUUGAAUUCUAAUGAUGUCGAUGUAAAAAAGAAACUACAAGGAGCUUAUUGUAGUGUUGCUGAACUUUUUAUGACCGAUCUUUGUAUGCGAGAAGAAGCUGAAAGUCAAUGCGAAAAGUACACUAAUCUAGCUCUACAAGUUGAUCAUACUAAUGCUGAAGCAUUACAGACCCUUGCGUCUAUGCGUAUCAGCCAACAGAAUUUUGAUGAAGCGAAAGAGGCACUUCAAGAAUGCCUAAAAUCAAUUUCGAAAGCCGCCAUGGAGGACAGUAUAGAUCUUCCCACCUAUGCUGUUCGAACUUCUGUUGCAAGGCUCCUAAUUGAAGUUGAAAUGCAUCAAGAAGCCCACGAUUUGUUAAUUUAUUUGCAGAAAGAAGAUGAUGAAAUUGUCGAUGUAUGGUACUUACUUGGUUGGAAUUGCUACGUGGAAGCUCAAAACCUACAAGAGCAAGGAAACGCCUCGGAAGAUGACAUUAAAGAAUUGUUGAUCAGCGCCAAGUCGUACUUUUUGGGAGCAUUGGCUACUUACCAAAAAACGAUGUGGGAUGAUGAAGGGAUUUUAGAACAUAUGAAAGAAAUUUUACAAAUUUUAAAUGAACUCGGUGUUCCCAAUCCCGAGGAGGAUGCAGGUGAGCCCGAAGAACCUGAUUGGGAAACUGACAGCGAUGAGAACAUGCAGGAUUCAUAAAUAAAAAAAGCAACUUUCUAUUGGAUAAUACUUGGCAACUUGGGUGUGAUUUCUGUUUUUUUA